AUGGGCCAUCGAAUUCCGUAUAAAAGGUUUUUAAUUUUGGAAGCUAAUCAGUUCCGACUACGCUCAACAACCAACAACAACAUCAACAACAUCCAUUUUAAAAUGAACAAGUUGGUCAUUUGCUGCAUUUCGCUCGCUGUAGCUUCCUGCUUAGGAUUGGACAGUAGCCGUGAUGCCAAAUUGUUGAAGUACGAAUUCCAAAACGACGGAUCUGGACCUUAUCACUUCAAGUAUGAACAAAGUGAUGGUCAGUAUCGUGAGGAAGAAGCGGAACUGGUAUCAAAAGAAGUUGUUGUAAAGGGAUCUUUCUCCUUCACUGCUCAAGAUGGAAAAGUCUACACCGUUCGUUAUACCGCUGAUAAAGACGGAUUCCAUCCAGAGGGUGAUCACAUUAAAGUACCACCGUACACCCCGUGGCCCACCAACCGUUACAUCCAAGAGCACGAAGACGAAGUCCCUCAAAUCGAAACUAGAUCUAAGCUCACAAACAUUUACCUUCCUUCCAGUGAAAAGCCUCCAAUCUCUAGCACCAUUGACCCGGUCAUCUUCAAUGAAGAUUUCUUAAGGAAAACGAACACGAACGUCAACCAUCUGGGAACCAGUGGCAACAUCAUUAACCAAGAUACUAUUUCUAACACUUACAUUCCUUCAACUUCAAUCCCGAAAGUCCAAGCGGUGACCAUCUCACCCUUAAGCCACAUCGCCGAAGGUUCUAGCCCGAUUCCCAAAUACAGGAAAAUCAAUGGCGACAUCUCUAAUCAGUUGUUCGAGGUCAUUCAAAACAAUCAUUCUAGUGGAGGAGUUUUCAAUCAGAGGAAGUAA